AUGUUGUGCGCGAUCAGCGGCGCGGCGCCGGUGCGCGCGGUGGUGACGCGACGUGGGAUCGUGUACGAACGAUCGUUGAUCGAGAAGGUGAUCGAGGAGCGUGGGGAGUGCCCGGUGACGAAGGAACCGCUGCGCGUGGAUGAUUUGAUCGAGAUUAAGCCGCAGGCAUGGGUGAACCCGAGACCGGAGGCGAUGAUGUCGGUGCCGGGGAUGUUGCGGGCGUUUCACGACGAGUGGGACGCGCUCAUGCUGGAGACGCACUCGUUGAGAAAGGAGCUGCAGAUGACGAGGCAGGAGCUGUCGCACGCGUUGUAUCAACAUGAUGCGGCGUGCCGAGUGAUUGCGCGAUUGAUGAAGGAGAGGGAUGAGGCGCGAGACGCGCUGGCGAAUGCGAAGGGAUCGGCCAAGCGGAGCGCGGAGGACGACGCCGAGCCGGCGCCGAAAAAGGUGAAAUCUGGAGUCCCGGCGGAUAUUAUGGAGAAGAUGGACGCGUGUUUGAAGGAGCUCUCUAGCGCGCGCAAGAAGCGCGAAAUUUCGAGUACGUUGGCCGCAUCGGGAGACUUUGACGGCUACACCGCCACGGUGACCUCAGCCGUGCACAAGACGACGAGCGGCGGCAUCAACGCGGUGGCUAUAAAGAAGGGUGACGAUUACAUCAUUGCUUCUGCGAGCAACGAUCACACGGUGUCUGUUUUCGACAAGUCAAGCUCUCAGCGAGUGCAACAACUCGUCGGACACUCGAAGAAGGUGCUCGACGUCAAGUUCGUCGGCGACAACGUGCUGUCCUGCGGCGCAGACAAGCUUGUCAAGCUUUGGGGAGCCGAUGGUUCCGAGCUCGCGACGUUUCGCGAUCACACGGAUGAUGUUACGAGCGUUAGUGUACACCCUUCGAACAGUUACUUCGUCUCCACGUCCACGGACAAGACCUGGGGGUUCCAUGACAUUGGCUCGGGGUCAUGCGUCACCUUGGUGAACGACGACUCGGACUCUGCCAUCGCGUGCGGAAGCUUCCAUCCGGACGGCGUAAUUUUAGGAACAUGUACGAAAGAUGCAGCAGUGAAGCUCUGGGACGCGAAGGAAGGCCGCAAACUUCUGCAAUUGGACGGUCACACAAGCCCGGUCGAAGGAUUGUCGUUCUCGGAAAAUGGCUAUUAUCUCGCCACUGCAGCAAAGGAUGGGGUGAAGGUUUGGGAUCUUCGAAAGUCUAAGAUCGUGCAUGAGAUCCAGGGUGCGGCACACGGCGUCGCUUUCGAUCACAGCGGCUCGUAUAUCGCAAAGGCUGGAUCCAACGCGGAAGUUUACCAAGUCAAGGGCAAGUGGGAGAAGCUCGCCGAGUUGAAGGUUGCCAAGACCGUCAAAGCCGUCGCCUUCGGCGAAGACGCGCGUUCCAUCGUCGUCGGUAGCGCCGAUCAUAACUUGCGCGUCUUCGCGUAG